AUGAGCAGCUCAAACACUCAGACAAAGAUAUUCAACAUAUCAGGAAUUAAUACCACUCUCACAGUUACCUUUGCUACACCUUUCCACAAUUUGCGAAUGAAUACACUCAUUAUUGAAAUUUCUCAUUUUCGAUUGCACUAUCAUGGUGCAUACAGUUGUUGUUGUUGUGAUGAGCAAGUCAGUGAUCGAGGACCUAUCAUUCCAGAAGGAUUACCUGUUAAUGUUCUACAAAAACUAUCGACUAAAUCUUGCAAAUCUGUUGGAACAGCCAUCAAACAACAGAAACAACUCAAUCUCAAAUACAAGAAUAUUGGAAAGAAUAUGGGAAAGAAAGCAAAGUUUGUGGCUAUUCUAAUAAAAAUCCUUAACGAGGAGGAUGACACUGAAUUAGGAGAAUUUUACCUUACCUUGAGAAUUGUGAAAAAGUUGAAAUUUGAAGGAAAAGAACAACGAGGAUACACAUCAAGAGAUUUGUGUCAUGUUUCAGAUUUAUUCAAUGUGGAUUCCAAUAGAUUCAUUGCUCUUUGCCUUGUAGAAUUGGAAUUAAAUUAA